UGGCUACUACAUUUACAGUUAUUUCGUGCUUUUCCAACGUGACUACACUCUCCGAAAGCGCGAAUCCUCGUGGAGUCGGUUCUGGUUGGGGCGGCAACUACUCGUCCUCUCAUUCCGGUCGCGAAGUUCAUGGCUCAUGGUGCGCUGCGGGUGUGAGCCGAAUAUCUGGUGUUUGCAAUCGAAGUAGGUUUACCUAUUCCGAAUCGAUGUAAAUCAUGUGAAUUGCAUUUCAACUUCUCAUUAGCUAGUUUUAUCAAAUUUGUUUGUGAUGUCAACGUUCGUAGUGAAACAUAAAGGACAGACGCACAACAUCGGAAGAUUUUUAAAAUAUCAUCCUGGAGGCUCGAAUACUCUGGUCGGCUUGAAAGAUGCCGAUGUUACAGCAGCUCUUAAGGCAACUGGCCAUUCCUCGGCAGCCUACGAACUUCUGAAGGAUUACAGAGUUCAGGAGGAUAAUCUCCAUGCACCCUUCAGGGAGGAAGGCGAUUUGGAGAGCCUGGUGGACUGGGAUAAGCCCAUGCUCGGUCAAGUCGGGAAGCUGGGGCCCAAGUACAAAGAAUGGGUUCUGGCACCAGUCGAUAGGAAGUUGAGGCUCUUCGGCUCCGAAUUCAUGGAGCAACUCACUGUCACACCAUGGUACCUUAUUCCUAUAGUCUGGGUUCCUGUCUCCAUAGGUCUCGUCUACCUUGGAUAUAUUCGCUUCCUCACCGUCGCAUCAUUCACCUCAUUUGACCCAAGUUCAGUAUAUCUAUGGGUGUCUUUGAUGUAUUUGCUCGGGUUGGUGCUCUGGCCCAUGAUCGAAUACAGUGUCCAUAGAUGGAUCUUUCAUCUGAAACCACCAGACAGCUCUCCUUUUCUCAUCACCGUUCAUUUUAGUCUUCAUGGAUUACACCAUAAAGUACCGUUUGAUGAUCGGCGCCUGCUACUGCCUCCUGUUCCCGCUGCAAUCUUACUCUCUAUCGCCUACUUCAUUUAUUCUCAGUUAUUUUCCUAUUGGAGUGCUCCUCUAGUCAUGGCUGGUACAAUCACAGGUUACACUAUGUAUGACUUGAUGCAUUUCUAUUUGCAUUAUGGGUCUCCGAAGGAAGGAACCUAUCUCUAUACUAUGAAACGUUAUCAUAAUCAGCAUCAUUUUGCCCAUCAUGAAGAAGGUUUUGGCAUAAGCAACAAUAUUUUGGAUAAAAUUUUUGGUACUCUUAUUCACUUAAAAAAAUUAAAUCGCAGUCUAGUGUGGUAGCUUGCUAAUUUGUUCUUGUGCCUUAAAGAAAAUGCUUGGUCAUGUACAAGAUCUGAUUUUCUCCCAUUUUCUUAGCUUUCUCGCCUUUUUUGUUCUGUUUUGUCUGUAUAAAUAUUGUUUGUUAUUAAAGUUCUCAUAAUGUAUAAUUAACCAUAUGCGCACUGAACUUAAAAAUUCAAGCAACUAUCAAGACACAAAACUGAUGGAAGUCUUGGUUUUCCUUGUCUAUUUUGCGCUUAGUUGAAUUGCCAAUUUGAUCUUUAUUAAAUUUGAAAUGCAUUCAGUAUUCUCUCUCGUGUAUACAUCCUUAAGUAUGUGUGGUUCAUUUUAAUAGUCUUAAUGUAGAUAAGCAAAAGUGUGGAAAAGUAUACCUAUCAAUUUUUUCCCCUUACCUUCAUUCAUAACUUUUUCUCUCCAUAAAAACAAACAAUCUCUACAAUCUUUUAAGAUUUUUAUUUCCUCUCUUGUAAUAUUAAGUCUAUUUUUGUGUUUUCUAGCAUCGGGUUUUCUUCUAUUUCUCUUUCUUACGUUAAAUUUGUUAAAGUACUUAGUAUUUUAUUUUUUAUCUUGCUAUCAUCUGUCAAUGAACUUCAUAUCUUUCCCGUUCCUAUGUCCGAUUUAUUUUCUUCCCUUUAAAACACAAAUCAUCAUCAUUCUAAAUUGUCCAAGUGUGAUUUUUUAUUUUAAGAGAAUCUAUGUGGACGUUUCAAAAUUUAUUUUGAAAAACUCAUAAUCCUGUUAAAAUUAUCAAAUGAUUUACAGAUUUUCAUACUUAAAAAUGGGCUGAACAGAGUUAAGGUCAGAUGACAAUUUUAUGUCAUUCUACAAUCAGAUUAGAGUCAAUAUUUAUUGGGGGGCGGGGGGGUUAAAUAUAUCUUUAAUUUGUACUGUCACACUCUCAAAUACUUUACCUUUCAGACCUUGUGGAUUGGAGAGCCUUUUUUAUUCAUCCUGCAGACCUUGAUUGUAAUUACCUUAUCAUUUAUUAACAUUUGUUAGAGACUCCUUUUAACUGAGUUUGGAAAAAAAACUGUCUAUUAAGCACUAAGAUUUUUAUCUCUUUAUCUCUGUCUUGAUGUUUCCGGAGCUAGUGCAUUGAUUUUCUUAAAAUAUGUAUUUUUCACGCUUUUGCUUUCUAUGGUUUUAUGAUGUUAUAUUAUUACCUACCUGUACAAUGUAAUGGAAUAGGCUUCUUCUCUUUUCACAAUCACAUUAUCAAGUUGAUGAAAAGAAAUUUUAGAAAGUUGAAAGCAGAUAGUGAAGAAAAUGUAUCAAUCUGCAUACAUGACUUCUGUAUUCACCCAGAUCAAAGUUUCUUCUCAUAAUAAACACGAGAACAGAGACUUUUUCUGUUCUAUUGAAUUUCUCAUACCUAUUUUAAUUGUAACUGGUGUUCAAUAUCAUUUUUUAAUCUUGUCCGAUAAACUCUCCUCUCUCUUUUUUUGCACAAAGGUUGCUGAAUUGUGUUCACGGUUUUACAUAUGCAUUAUGAAAUGAUAAAACAAAGACGAAUGAAGCAGCAGCAAGAUUAAAGCAUGUUUGACUAAGUAAAAUCUUAUGAAAUGUGGU